AUGGAUGAAUUCGACGGGGACAGGGAAGGGCCAACAGUUUUCACUGACACAGUCGACGGCACAUUCAGCCUGCACCCUUACUGCAUCAAGGUCAUCGACACACCGCCCUUCCAGCGGCUACGUGUUUUGUCCCAGUUGGGGGUCACCAAGUUCGUGUUCUCCGGGGCGGUGCACAGCCGCUUCGAACACUCACUGGGCACGGCGCAUAAGUCGUACAAGGUCGCCCGCGCCAUCUUCAAGCAGCAAGGCGGCGAGAGGGCGGCAGCGGCAGAAGGCUUGGGUGUGGACAUGGAGGAGGUGGAUGUCAAGUAUGUCACAUUGGCAGGUCUCACACACGAUCUGGGUCACGGUCCUCUGUCCCAUCCCUUUGAGAACUUCCUUGAGCGGCUGGGCCUCGUGGGCUGGCGCCAUGAGGACAUGUCCGACCGCAUCCUGGACUACCUGGUUACGAACUACGAUGUAGACAUUGACCGAUCAGAGGUGGCCCGCAUCACCGACCUCAUCCAUGGGCUGCCCGCAGAGCACCGGCCUGGGGCGGGUGGGGGCCUGUGGCGACCGGGUCGCCGGUUCCUGUUCGACAUCGUCGCGAACAAGCGGAACGGUGUGGAUGUCGACAAGGUGGACUACCUGCAGCGUGACGCCGCGAUGUGCGGAGUGAAGGUGGGGUGUGACUUCGACAGGCUGCUGAAGAAGAGCUUUAUCAAGGUCCUCGAUGACGAGGUGUGCUACCCCUGGAGCGAGUACCCCAACAUCCUGGACCUGUUCAGAGCCCGGGAGGCGAUGCACAGGAAGGUGUACACCAACAGGACUUCCUCAGCCUGGACGACUCCCUUCUCACGGGGACACCUUAGCGAUGUGGAGGAGAAGGCUCUGACCCGGGCUCAGGAAAUUGUACGGCUGAUCCGUACUCGGCAGUUGUACCGCUUUGGCAACCAGUUCACGGUGCCGCCCGAGUACCUGGCUGACAGCCGCUGGGAGUCCAUGAAGCGGCAGUUCACCCCGGCUGAGGUGGCCUCGUGCUACAACGGCUCCGAGGUACCGGGGGGCCUACAGCCGGACGACGUCGUCUGCGACGAGAACAAGAUAGACCACACCAUGGGGGGAGCUAACCCUGCGGAGAGGGUUGGGUUCUUCCGGAGUCCGUCCAGUCGCAGCAAGUACUACAUCGGACAGCACCAAGUGGUAGGCAUCAUGCCGCACUUCUUUCAGGAGCGCGUGCUUCGUGUGUUCACUCGGCAUCAGGACGAGCGUUACACGAGGGCCAUCGAGGAGGCGCUCCGAAACUGGUGUGACCGGAGGUUCGGGUCAUCCGUGCAGCUGGCCACCCCCGUACGACCGCGGAGACCGCAGUCCGAGGGUUCCGGAGCUGCAGCCGCUGCGCAGCCACCACUAGCGCCGUCGGGCCUGAUGGGGUGCCUGCCGCAGCUCCCUCGAGAGGCAUUGGUGAACCGGAUGGCGGACGCCAUAAGGCCCCGAGGUCCAGCUUCGCGCAUUCAGGAAGGAGGGCCGCCGGCCGCUGCCGCCGGCAGCAUCACGCAGGCCUACGGCCCCUGCGGCAACGGCGCCGUGCGUAAUGGCGGCAGCCGAAGCCACCGCAGCGGCUCUGCCGCCUCUGCCAGUGAGACGACCGGCAACACGGAGACAUCGACGCCGGUACGCGCGGCACUGCGGCCGGCACCGGGGUACUCGUGGGAAGCCGCCGACGGUGCAGGUAACGCCGUCACCGGGGCAGCGGGCACCGACGGGCUGGGGCCGGCUAGCUGCGGGCCGGGACCUGGCGUGCGGGGUGAGGAGGCGGGGCGGCUGCUGCGGGACGCGGCGGCAGGCAAACAGCCAGCUCGUGCAAACUGA